GUCCAGCUCCGGGGAACACACAGAUUGAGUGUCCCAGAUAAUCCCUUUCCCAGUCCCGCCCGGCAUCUGGCCGCUGGGCUACAUAUUAGGACUUCCGGGGACACGGGCUGGGGUCGAGGAGGGACCUCAGGACCUACCUGGCUGCAGGAUGAAGCUGCCCACCAGCUUCUUGAUUCUGUGGCUGAGCCUGGAGGGGGUCCUGGUUCAGAGUGGCAGCAGCCCUGACGCAGAGGAGUCCUAUUCAGACUGGGGCCUGCGGCACAUCCGGGGCAGCUUUGAAUCUGUCAACAGCUACUUCGAUUCCUUUCUGGAACUGCUGGGAGGGAAAAAUGGAGUCUGUCAAUACCGGUGCCGAUAUGGAAAGGCACCAAUGCCCAGACCGGGCUACAAGCCUCAGGAGCCCAAUGGGUGCAGUUCCUAUUUCCUGGGUCUCAAGGUACCACAAAGUAUGGACUUGGGCAUUCCAGCAAUGACCAAGUGCUGCAACCAGCUGGACGUCUGUUAUGACACUUGUGGUGCCAACAAGUAUCGCUGUGAUGCAAAAUUCCGAUGGUGUCUCCACUCUAUCUGUUCUGACCUCAAGAAGAGUCUGGGCUUUGUCUCCAAUGUGGAAGCAGCCUGUGAUUCUCUGGCUGAUACUGUGUUCAACACUGUAUGGACCUUGGGCUGCCGACCUUUUAUGAAUAGUCAGCGGGCAGCCUGCAUCUGUGCAGAAGAGGAGAAAGAAGAGUUAUGAGGAAGAGGUGAUUCCUUCCUGGGUUUGAGCGAUACUACACUGUCAGUCUUGGAGAUGGUAGUGCGGCAGACGUGUCUCAUCCUUUCUUCCAAAAGUGUGGAUACCAUGAAGCAGGAGAAAGGAAACAUUAUUCUACCCCUGGAAAGUGAGUCUCAUCUUUUGAGCAGAGUUGGAGAAAAGACAUGGAGUGAAGACUCUUCACAUUAACAUGGGCCUCCCCAGAAAAGACACACUUGCCUGGAAAUUCAGUUCUUAGUUUAAAGACGAAAAUAAAGACGAAAAUACUGGGAUUCCUGGAAUUGAUAAUUAUGUUCAUAAGUGAAAUUUUGGAAAGUCCAACCAUUUGGGAGGCAAUGACUUUCCUCUGGUCUAUGUUUCAGCUGCCAGUAAGCACCUCACAUUUAAUAAAGUGUACUUUUUAGAAAAUC